GCACUUCACACCCUCAUCCAACAGCAGUCACAGUAAGAUGAGAAAAAUGCUUUACCCUCAUCUGACAUAGUUUCUCUCCCAUGAGUAUCGGCACCGCGUAGGAAUGGCAGAUAUCGAUCAAUGCACGGCAGGUGUGAUGGUGUACGCUUCAGAAGUGCUAUACGGUCUAACAGACAAUGCCGCAACCAUACAAAUACCUUCUCAGAUGCAGCUGCUGACCGCCCACUAUAGGUCACAGUCUCACCAAGCUUGCUUUGGCCUCUCCUCCCGCAGCUAGCUCAUCAAUCCCAUUCAAGCAGCCUCGGCUCACAGACAGCCUGCUCUCAUAGUAACAGCCUCGUCGCGGCCUGAUCGUGUAGUUAUUGCAGGGCACGAUGAUGUCUGUUACGUCGCAUUCACCCGGCGUCAUCGCCCCCAGCGCACUUCGCAACACGGCCAACCUCUCGAAUCAACGAGCCGAAGGCAGUGGCAGCAGCAGCGACGACUUCGCUCCACGCUCUGCGAAGUCGUCUGCACCCACCGCCUCGCAGAUGUUUUAUAGCAACAGCGGCAGCAAUGGCAGUAACGUCGACACAUCAGCACCUCGGCGUCGCUCAUCUUCAGCUGCUUCCAACAAAGCUGGCGUACCCCCCACAUGUCGCUCUCCGCAGCGUCGAAGGCGCUCUUCCCCUUCAACCAGCGCCUCGCUGACACCUCGCUCUUCUCCACGAAAGUCCGCUGCUCAGAAGCACGAGCAAGUAGCGCAGUCGGCAAGAAAUGCCGCUCACGCUGAGCGCCGAUCUUCCCUAGACUUGGCUCAUGCAGUUCAAAGCAGCACAGGCCCAUCCGUCGAGGCGCAGGCUCAGACUAGCGCUGGCGCGCAACGAGAGCGCAUCACCAAGGUCCGUUUGCCUCUCAAGUUGCCCAACCCGCAGAUCGUUCCUCUCUCAAGUCCAUACGAGGACUUCAAGGCACACCUAAUUUCUCACUCGCUCUUCAGGGAGGCACACGACUUGGCAAAGUGCACACCAGACUUUGUGCGCGAUCACCUGCCCGACAGAAUCAGCCUCCACAACCAGACGCUCGCUCUCACGCCGGUCCUUGGUGCCGUCUCUAAAGUCUUGCUGGAGACCGACACGGUCCCUAGUCACGUCGCAAUCCCGAGUUCUCUCGCCGCAUCCGCUGGAAGCGUAUCUCAUCUGCUCGUCGUGCGCCCUUCGCCUGCAGGUCCAGCAAGCUCUUCAAAUCAGUCCACUUCGGGUAACAAAGGUCUGCUGCUCCCUAUACACGCCUUGCCAUACGUCAUCGACUGCGUCACCUUGCCACCUCUACCCUUGGCUCAAGCUGGUUAUCUUUCGACCAUAGAAAUCUGCGUCCCAUCUCCCGAAAGAUUUGGCACGAUUCAUCGAUACAUCUACACCCGCGACGGAGCGGCUCUACUCGCGGAGCUCUUGCCCCUGAAGUUCCUUUCUCGCAACGUUGAUGCAGCAAGCAUGAAGCCAGAGCACGAGGCAUGGGCAGCAGGUCGACACAAUGCGGACGAUGGCGUCACUUCGGCGGUGGACGUAGCUGCUGGUCGGUCCAUCGAAGCUCUCUCAACGCUGCCCAGCAGCGUACUCUUUGCGCACGCGCACUCGAUUCAUGCGGCUUGGGGCAACUCCGUCGCCAUCGGUCUACUCGAUCGCCAGUUCUGGCAAGCUCUCGAAAAGGCUUGGUCUUUGAUUGUCGGUGCGAUCGGUCUCAGGCGAUCCAGACGGGUGGAUGCUGAGGUCGUCGAACGCAUGAAGAGCUCUACUAUCAAGUAGAGCUUUUGCAGCCCUUCUCUGCGACUCCGAGUUAGUUUGUCAUGAAACGUACUCUGAUCAUUAGUGAUGGCUCAGCACACAUCCUGCACUGCUCCGCUGCUCCACUCGCCACUUCGCAAUGGCUACAUGUACCGGUACCCCGUCUGUCACCACUUUGCACGCCCGACCAUUGAUGCGUUCCGAGACCUUCGCAAAGCCCUUUUGGUGUGCGUCAUGGCGACACAGAGCGUCGAAGGUAUCGAGGUUUGAGCGUCAGCGCUGGCUGGAGCAUGGGUGAUUGUUAAAUAUCUUGCGGGCCUGGAUCAUCCCACAUUUCUGCAUGAGAUCAAAGCGCAUAUCGGAAAGCUAGACGUGUCGCAUGGCAAGCAGUACGAGAAACG